AUGGAGAAAUCCAUGGUGAUAAGGUCAAUUUAUCGAGCUGCUCGGCGCCGGAGUCUAAGUAUCUCGUCUUCCGGCAGAGGCGCGGCGCCCGCCAUGGGCGUGAAUCACAUCAGGCAUCUCCAUCUCCAUCGGUCCUCCAUUGCCUCGUCCUCUCCCAAGAAACUCGCUUCUGACUUCAUGCCUACUUUGGCAAUGAGAAUUUGGAGUGUUCGUCAAUUUUCUGAAGAUGUAGCUCGUAUGCCUGUCAUAAAGGAUGUAGAGAUUGAAUGUGCAUUUAAGGACUUGAUGGCCACAAGCUGGGAUGAUCUUCCGCCAGCUGUUGUCCAUGAUGUGAAGAAAGCAUUGUCUAAAAGCACAGAUGAUAAAGCAAGCCAGGACGCUUUAGCCAAUGUUUUCCGAGCUGCUGAGGCAGUUGAAGAGUUCACUGGAAUUUUAACCUCUUUGAAGAUGGCAAUUGAUGAUAGCAUUGGAUUGAGUGGCGAGGAUGUAAAGCCAAUGCCGGAAGAAUUUGUUAAAGCACUUGAAACUAUCUAUAACCGCUAUGAAACAUACCUAGAAGCGUUUGGUCCAGAAGAGGUUUACCUGAAGAAGAAAGUAGAGAAUGAGUUGGGCACAAAAAUGAUACAUCUGAAAAUGAGGUGCAGUGGCCUUAAUAAAGAAUGGGGAAAGGUCACAGUUCUUGGGACUUCUGGACUUGCUGGGUCAUAUGUCGAGCAAAGAGCAUAA